CGCGGCGGCGGCCGCGGAAAUCCGGAGCUGCCAGGCGCUCCCGGCGGGUCUCGGCAAACUUUGCCCCCGCCCACGUGCUAGCGAGGCGGCUGGCUUCUGGAGCCCGGGAUGAAGCGCCGCGCCUAGGCACGCCUCACCGCCCGAGACGUCAGUGCUCACGGUUCAAGGCGAGGAGAUGCUGACCGCGCGGAACUGACCGUCGCUGUGCUCGGGCUACUGGCGACUCUCCCUGUGCGUCUUCCCCGGCAGCGGUCAGCGCCGGCUCCUCGGAUGAGCCCUCCAGUUCCCCGACUUUGAGAGGCGUCUCUCCCCCGCCCGACCGCCCAGAUGCAGUUUCGCCUCUUUUCCUUUGCCCUCAUCAUCCUGAACUGUAUGGAUUACAGCCACUGCCAGGGCAACCGAUGGAGACGCAGUAAGCGAGCUAGUUAUGUAUCAAAUCCCAUUUGCAAGGGUUGCUUGUCUUGUUCAAAGGACAAUGGGUGCAGCCGAUGUCAGCAGAAGUUGUUCUUCUUUCUUCGACGAGAAGGCAUGCGCCAGUAUGGGGAGUGCCUGCAUUCCUGCCCAUCGGGCUACUAUGGACACCGCGCCCCAGACAUGAACAGAUGUGCACGAUGCAGAAUAGAAAACUGUGAUUCUUGCUUUAGCAAAGAUUUUUGUACCAAGUGCAAAGUAGGCUUUUAUUUGCAUAGAGGCCGUUGCUUUGAUGAAUGUCCAGAUGGUUUUGCACCAUUAGAUGAAACCAUGGAAUGUGUGGAAGGAUGUGAAGUUGGUCAUUGGAGUGAAUGGGGAACUUGUAGCAGAAAUAAUCGCACGUGUGGAUUUAAAUGGGGUCUGGAAACCAGAACACGGCAAAUUGUUAAAAAGCCAGCAAAAGACACAAUACCAUGUCCAACUAUCGCUGAAUCCAGGAGAUGCAAGAUGGCCAUGAGGCAUUGUCCAGGAGGGAAGAGAGCACCAAAGGCCAAGGAGAAGAAGAACAAGAAGAAGAAGAGGAAGCUGAUAGAAAGAGCCCAGGAGCAACACAGUGUCUUCCUAGCUACAGACAGGGCUAACCAGUAAAAUCAGAGACACAUCGGGUGGACUUUGGGGUUUUUUGUUUUUUGCAAAAGUGCACAAAGCUACUCUCCACUCCCGGACGCUGGUGUGCGGUGUUUGUGCUGCUCUGACCGGUAUCUGUUCCCAGUGACAUUGUGAAAGGAGCAGCCACGAUGUGGCCUCCGUUAUUUAUGCUUCGAUUUGCAGCUGGAGCCUGGGACGGGGGGAGCUCGUGACCCAAAUCAGAGGAAGCAGGAGAGCGUGUACAGCAUGUGACUGGGCUCGGUGUGCGCCCCGAGAUCCUGGCCCCACGGC